AAUAUAUUAAGGGGGUAUGCAUGCAUAAAUAUGGCCCAAAAUGGACGAUCGGACCAUUUUGAGAUAAAUGUUCCAUCAGCUCCGGCAUACUUAUGACAAACUUUCUACCAAGUUUGAAGUCUGUCCCUGCCCUUUAAAUAACGUUUCUGGGCCUUUAAUUAAAGGGCACGCACGUGGUGCGCAUUGUUUAUAUUUUGCGCUCCACGUUGAACUUUACUACAUCUUUGUAGGCCUAAAGAUGAUUUUUUUCUAGCGUUUUUAAGUUGAAGCGGGAAGCGCUUUUUGGCAUCAUCACAAGGCUAGGUUACUGCUGGUCUGUCUGCAUUCUGCCUCUUUCUCCAUCACUCAACAGCCAGUUCACCAUGCCAAGACCAACUAAGGCAACCAGAAAUAGAAGACAGCAAUUGCUGAAAGCAAGAGAGGUGAAAGAGAAGCAGAAGAAUGAUGGAAAAGGAAGUAACUCAACAAAGGAUCAGUCAAUGUCCGUGACGUCUCAGGCGACACCGCCAGCUGCGCAGCCUCGUAGCGUCAAUGAUGCCACUCUACAACCGGGCAUUUCAAGCGCUAAGAAGAGGAAGAUAAUUCUUUCACCUUCACCUACAUCUCCCUCUACAUCGCAUGAAGAAAAUGUGAUAGUAAGAAAAAGUGUGUUCACUGCUAUUGCUAGCAAUAUAGCCUGUAAAGAAUGUCUUGGAACUGACAUUACCAGUAACUUGAUAUCUCACCAAGCAGACACAAGUGUUGUGAUGCAGUGCAAUCAAUGCAAGAAUGUAAUAGUAAAUACUGUUACUGAUAACCAAGUGCAGACCACUGUAAAAAACAUUCAUGUAAUAACUCUGAUGAUAACUUACUUGUCAAUGUUAUUUGGACUAGCCUACUGUGGUGUUGAAAAAAUUUGUGGCUUACUGAGCAUCAGGCACUUUACUCGCGAUGUGUACAUGAGAUAUGCAAAUUACAUAACCCACAAAACUGUUCAGCAUACAAAGUCUUUGUUAGAACAAAGCAGAAAGGCUGUUUUUAGUUAUUAUGCCCAAGAACUUGACAGACACCCCGAUGAAAAUGGCAUACUUGACGUUGACGCUAUUUUUGACGGAACUUGGCAUACUCGGGGUCACUCUUCUUCUUUUGGUGCUGGAGCAGUAAUUGAUGCAAACACUCGUCUAAUAUUAGACUAUGAGACAUGUGGGAAGAUCUGUCAACUCUGCAUUGCCAACAAAACUCGCCAUGAAAGGAAAGAAAUUACUGACACUGAGUUUGCCAGGUGGAAGGAGAACCACGCUCCCUCCUGCCAGGUGAAUUAUGCAGGUACCGCAGGGGGAAUGGAGGCUGCUGAGGCUCUUGCAUGUUGGAACAGAUCUCUUUCUCAUAAUAUGAGGUACAUCAACUUUAUCAGUGAUGGUGAUAGCUCGGCAUACAGUAGUGUAACAUCGUGUAACAACGGAGAAGGACCAUACGGGAAGGAUCACUUGGUUGAAAAGAUGGACUGUAUAAAUCAUGUGGCAAAGAGGCUAGGAAAUGGACUGAGAAAUUUGAGAAAAGAAACACAGACUGUAAAAACAAAGAGUGGAAAGAUUGUGAAGAGAUCUGUACUUGGUGGACAGAAUAAAUUGACUGACAAAGUUAUCACGCGCCUGCAAUUUUACUUCCGGAGAGGCAUUACAAGAAAGGUGGACAUGACGGAGGAAGAAAUGAGGAACGACAUAAUGUCCUCUUUUGAACACUGCUCAUCAAGCGACACCAAUCCAAAGCAUCAUCUGUGCCCUAAAUCUAGUGACUCCUGGUGCUUUUACCAAAAGGCUCUGGCUUUGGGGGAGGUGCCACCCAGCCACAGCAAGAUGAAAGUUUCCUUUUCACUUGAGCCAGACCAGCUUCAGCUUGUACGAAAGGUUUAUGAAAGGUUAGUUACUGAUGAGAUGAUGAAAAGAUGCCUCAAAGGACACACACAGAACCCUAAUGAAUCCUUCCACAGCAGAUUGUGGCAGUACUGUCCAAAACACCUAAACACAUCAAAGAAUAAACUUGACUUUUCUGUGGCUCACGCAGUCAGUGUGUACAAUGCAGGGUACAAAGAGAGUGUUAUUUAUGAAAGCUUGGGUCUUCCAUUUUCACAAAUUACUGAAAAAUAUCUUCACAACAAAGAUAAGAAGAUGGAUAUACCCUUAAAGAAGAGAAUGAGGAAUAAACGCCUGCAGAAGGAGCUACACUACUCGCCUGGAGGGCAUUGAUCCAUCUCACUUGAUACACUUACCUUCAGAUGCCGUUUUCUCCAAACGUAUCAUCUUCACUUUUGGGCAUCGAUGAUCUUCGAGUGAGACUAGCUUUCAAUAAAAAUUUCAGAUGUCUAA